AGUAUUUUGAUACUCAUAUAAAAAAAAAUCCAUACUCAUACAUACUCCAUAAAUAGAACCCAAAAGGAAGACACCCCAAAGGUUGAUUUAAAAAGAUAAGUUCAGUCUUGAGAAGACUACUACUGCUAGGGGAGUUUGAACCUCAUAAACACCCUGUUUUCCUCUGGCGAUUGUUUUUCCUGUAACGGCAAUGGAGCGUCAGUGGGGACUGAGAAGCCCGUACCUUCAGGGGACGAUUCCUCAACCGCCGCAAAACCCCGCACUUCACCGGAACAUCAUGCCGGAGGUUUACCCAAACCCCGACAUUCUCGGCAUCGAAUCACAGCUCUCCAAUCUGCGCCUCUCGUCGCCGGAUUACCGCCUUCCUCCUCGCCACCAUCACCCUCCGACGAUCCCGCCGGGUCCUACGGCGGAUGGCGGUGAGCUGGCUUUCGGGUUGCGAUCGGACCCUGUUAUCCGGUACGGGUACGACCCUGUAAUGAGUUUGGGCGCGCAAAACGGCAAUGCCGACGUGGAGGGUUUGAUGAUGACGAUGAGGAGGAGGAGGAUGGCCCACAGCCAGGAUGUUGGAACCCACUAUUCCCUGGACCUCGGUGGGCCCCUCCAUGAUAUCAGCGUGGGCCCGACCAGGCCCUGGGCGGCGGCUGUAGCUUGUAAUGGCGGCCAGACGCUUAGGAACGCUGCUUCUGCCUCCGCCGCCGCUGCCAGUACCUCCUCGGCCCAGCCGUGGAUGUGGUAUGACGGCGGUGGUGGAAGGGAGCAUUUUAGUUCGAGAAAUAGUCAAAAGUUUCACGACGGCCAUGACCCUUUCUUGCUUCCUAAGAAACCAUUUGUUCCCUUUCAAAAUCACCUUCAUGGCUUGAACCAAAAUUAUGAUCACCCGGCGGGUGUGUCGAGCCCGAGAAAUUGGAGCGUUUCGAACGGGUUUAAGCCCUAUCCGAACAAGAAGGAAGGGAUGAAUCAGGGAGGGCAGCACUUUGUCUUGCUCAAUCUUGAGGAGCUGAGGGGAAAUGUAGUUUCAUUAGCAAAGGAUCAAAGUGGAUGCAGAAUAUUGCAGGACAAUCUCAUUCUGUUGGGGGAGGAAGGAACAGAGAUUGUGCUUUCUGAGAUUAUAGAACAUGUGGGUGAUAUGAUGAAGAAUCAAUCUGGGAGUUACCUUAUCCAGAAGCUUUUCUCAGUAUGCAGUGAAGAGCAAAGAACAAAUAUCAUUCUUGCUUUAACUAAGAAACCGUCUCAGCUCAUUCCCAUAUGCACCAACCCUUUUGGGUAAUGGUUAAUGCUGAAAAGUUCUUGACUUUUUAAUUGUGGAAAUAUAGUAUAUAUGACUUUUUCCCAUAGAGAUAAAAUGAUUUGAAUGGGUGUGUUUGAAGGGCUAGAGCAAUGCAGAAAUUGUUGGAAGAGCUGAGUUGCCCGCAGCAGAGAUCCUUAGUAAUGGAUGCCUUAUCCCCUUGGGCAGUUACAUUGUCCUGUGACCUCAAUGGCCACCUUGUCAUUCUUUACUGCUUGAAAAAUUUCUCCUUUGAAUACACCAAGAAACUUAUCAACGAAUUAGCAAAGAACUGCUUUGGAAUUGCAACCAAUAGAAGCGGAUGUUGUGUGUUGCAGUCAUGUAUAGAGAAUGCACACGGAGAAGCAAAGGAGUGUUUGGUGAAUGAAAUCAUAGCAUAUGCAGAUCAACUAUCAGAAAAUCCAUAUGGCAACUAUGUUGUGCAACAUCUGCUUGGACAAAAUAUUCCAGGAGUGGAAGAAAAUCUACUGGCACGUCUUCAAGGGAAAUUUGCAUCUCUAGCAUGCAACAAAUAUGCUAGUAAUGUUGUUGAAAAAUUCUUUCUCAAAUCAGGCGAGCAGUCAACUAGAAUUAUCACAGAGUUGAUCUCGAGCCCAAAUCUUCCAUUGCUUCUUAUUGAUCCUUUCGGGAAUUAUGUCAUUCAAAAGGCACUGAAAGUAGCUAAGGGAGAAGCCGCGAAUGCACUCGUUGAACUAAUCAUGAUUAAUGCACAAUCCAUGCAAAGUAAUAUGUAUGGAAAAAUGAUUCUUGCUUGUUUGAGUAGAGGCGGUAGAGAUGUAUAUAAUGCAGCCAGGCCCAGAGGUUCUAAUUAGUACAUAUGGCUUUCACUCACAUUUCAUGUUUUGUUGUUGUGUCUUGAUUGAAUUUUAGAACAUUAUUAUAACUAGAAGGGAUUGAGAAGAUUUAUUCUUGGUGAAAGAUGAUCGAAAGGUCUGACGCCGCAGAAGCAUCACGGAUCAGAAUGUACUUUUGGAUUGUGUUGUUCUUUUUGCAUGCUGAUGAGGUUAUUUUACAAUAGGGGAUGACGGGAUGUUAUAGUUUCUUUUGUUGUUGUUUCAAUAAAUGUUUGAUUUUGUGUUCGUAUUCUGUGUAAAAUCAUAGUACUUUGAUCAUAUUUCAUCAAUCUCAUGGUAUGGCCGUGUGAAUAUAUGUCUGUUUU